CCCCUGAAGCUGCUACUCUCAUUCCCUUUUCCCUCCUAAUUCUCUCUCCUACUGUUAACGCUCUCUCUCCGGCCACGUUCUGGCUGCGUCUCAACAAUCUCUCACGCCGUCGUCGGUUUUCUCCGGCCACGGCUGCUUCAAGCGGAUGACGACCACGGAGUCCGAUCUCGAUAACGACUUUCCUAAUCUCGACGAGCUCCGGUAUCUGAACCUCGCCGGAACCGAUGUCUUCGCCGCUUUCCAAAAUCUAUUACCGGAUGCCAUGACUUCAUUUUCUUGUGGACUGACAGAUCCUUUUUCUUCCCAAAACCUCACUCCCAAGCAUUCCACCAUCACUGCUACAAUCGAUUCUCGGUCUUCCAUUUGUGGCACUGCUAAUGUUGGUAGUCCAGUGUCAGCUAAUAAACCAGAGGGCUGGAAGAAUCAUACGAAAGGAGCCACAAGUGGUUCUUCUGAGCCAUCUGAUGAAGAUGGUCCUUGUGAACAGAGCACAAAUUCAGUUGAAUUGAAACGUCUUAGAAGGAAGGUUUCUAAUCGCAAUUCUGCCAGAAGGUCAAGAAGAAGAAAACAGGCGCAGUUGGCUGACCUAGAGUUGCAGGUUGAAAAACUGAAAGUGGAAAACGCAACCCUAUACAAGCAGUUCAAUGAUGCUAGUUAACAUUUUUUUGAGGCUGACACGUAUAACCGGGUUCUGAAAUCAGACGUAGAAGCUUUGAGAGCUAAGGUGAAGUUAGCAGAGGACAUGGUGACUAGAGGCUCUUUCACUACGUUAAACAAUCAGCUUCUUCCCACACAGUGUCAAGUGAACACACCCCCGCCACUGAAUACGACCAAUCUCCGCCGCAUGGCGCAUGUUUCGCCAACCAUCACUGUGCAUGGAAAUGAUGGCUCAUACAACGAUGCCACAGUUUGUGUACAGAAUUCAGACCUUGGAAACUUGGACAUGAAUUUCAACGACAUGAACAAUGUGAACGUAGUUAUGAGCGAUGGCAUGAGUUGUGGGAGUAUUUGGCCACCUUUUUAGACUCUUUAGUAUCCUCCGAGUAGAUUCACCUCUAUGAUUUGCGUCUUGUCUUGUUAGAUUAGUAGGGUAUGUUAUUGUGUCUUUGCUUUGUUUCUGUCCAAUGAUGCCUGUUUAAAAUGGUGUCUUUCUUUCUUUUUCCUGUUGUUGUAUCUAGUUUUGUAUAAAAGGAUUUGGUUGCUUUAUCCAUUUUCUCUUGUUGUAAUUGUAUAAAAACAAAUAUCUCACUUUGCUGUCAUCCAAUAGACCACAUAUUAAUCCCAUCUGAUAAGGAAGGAA